AUGGCCUUAAUUCAAUCUUUAUGCAUGUUAGCUAUCUUCUCUGAUGCUUUGGUCUGCAGACAAUUUGCAAUGAAAAAUAAUACAACAACAACAACAACUACACCAUCAACAUCAACAUCAACAUCAACAGUAGCAAAUAAUACAAAUCCAUUAGCACCUAGUCGUCUCGAAUCAAUUAAAAACUCGUACAGUGAAUUGAAUCUUCUAUCGAAAACAAAUCCAUCCGAUUUUAUUUUUGAUUUUGAUAAAGCAGUAACAGGUGUUUCAACAGGAACUGGUGGUCGAACUGUUUCGGCAACUGCAGCAAAUUUUCCUGGAUUAAUUAAUCAUGGCAUAGCAAUGACAAUUGGCUUUUUAGGUCCAUGUGGUAUUAAUCUUCCACAUACACAUCCAAGAGCAACAGAAAUUAACUUUUCAGUUGAUGGUGAUUUUCAAAUUGGAUUUUUUCAAGAAAACAGUGCUAGUUUUGUCAUGAAUGAAAUACAUAAGAAUCAAGUCGCUGUUUUUCCAAAAGGUGCUAUUCAUUUUGAACAGAAUCUAAAUUGUACACCAGCAACAUUUGUUGCUGCAUUUAAUAGUGAAGAUCCAGGUGUGUUGACUAUUGGAAAUAGUUUUUUUGGUUCAUUACCAGCCACAGUUGUUGGUGCAUCGCUUGGUGGACUAAACAUAACAACAAUAGAAGAUAUUCGUGUACAUCUUGUACAAAAUCCGUCGGUUGGAAUUGCUGAAUGUAGACAACGUUGUGGUUUAUAA